AUGCCAAAAUGGCCACGCCCAUUCGGCAAAUCUGCCUCACAGGCGGGAUCCGUGAUUCUUCUGUCAAAAGAAACCCAAAACCAACCCCUCGGCCUUCAAAAUAUCCCCGCAAGAACCUCCGUGUCAUCGUUACCGUCGUCAAUCCGAACUGGUCCACCCCGAGAGCCCACAAAGAAGACGGCAGAUGGGAAAAUCAUCUUGGAUCCACAACCGUCCGAAUCACCUAACGAUCCAUUGAAUUGGUCAUCCCUCCGUCGAGAUGCUGCCCUGGUUUUCCUGGGCUUUUAUUGUAUGAUUGGUGGGGGAAUGACACCGGUCCUAGCAGCAGGCUUCAACGAUGUAGCCGAGACAUUCGAUGUCACCGUGCCGCAGGUGGCUCUCACGACCGGCCUAUACAUGAUGGGCAUGGGCGUCGGCGGAGUCAUCAUGAGUCCGACGGCCAUCUUGUUCGGAAAACGACCCGUUUAUCUCAUUACCUCGCUACUGUUCGUAGGCACAAGCAUUUGGUGUGCUCUGGCAAAUUCAUACAUCUCGUUGCUAGUCGGGAGGAUCUUCCAGGGCAUCGCCAUCAGCCCAGUAGAAUGCCUUCCCAGCGCCACCAUCGCUGAGAUCUUCUUCCUACAUGAGCGUGCGUACCGACUCGGAAUCUACUCUAUGCUUCUGCUAGGUGGCAAGAACAUCGUGCCGCUGGUGUCCGCGGCCAUCAUCCAAGCGAAGGGAUGGCGCUGGGUCUUCUGGGUCGUCGCCAUGGUUGUCGGCGGCUGCUUUUUCCUGCUAUUCUUCUUCCUGCCAGAAACCUUUUGGGAUCGCACGCCCCAUGCGCACAAGAGUCUGCGUCUCAUAUCAAGGGCACAGAGUUUCUUCAGACCUGGUAUCGAUCGCCGCCCGAGUCAUCUCAGUGAACAUCGGCUGAAGACUGCGGUUGGAGAAAUCGAUGGAACGCACGAGAAAGAUGGAGCAGUGACCAUGGAUAAGGCGGGAGACAAAACGGAAAAUCGGGUCGGGUUUGCCGAGGGGGUGGGGGAUGAAACUCGCAAAGAUUCAGAGGCAGAGCCCGCAACGCCAUCGCAGCCCGAAUUGCGUAUCUCGCCCGCAACGGCCGAAUCUACGGGAAAUUCUGAUGGCAACGCCGAAGAAUCGGGACCAAUCUCGGCGGCGACCCCCGUUGCGAUCAGCUCGCCUCCUUGGUCCCAUCCGCCUGGUUGGGAGUGGCAACCACCGCAAACCCCCACCCCCCCCCCCCCCCACCUACCGACCAGCGACAUCCCCUCCGUCCCCGGCUCCCAACCACCCACCCCCGGAGCCGCCUGGACCCACAGCCGGCGCUCUGCCCCUGCCAAAACCUACUGGCAGACCCUCUCCCCUUGGCCGGGCCGCCUCUCGGGUGCCUCCUGGCCCCGCGCAGCCAUCCGCCCCCUCAUCCUGUUCGCCUACCCGGCCAUUCUCUGGAGCGCCGUCAUCUACAGCCUGUCGGUCGGGUGGCUGAUCGUCCUCUCCGAGUCGGUCGCGCACAUCUACCAGAACUCGCACUCCUACAACUUCACCGCCCUGCAGACCGGCCUCAUAUACCUCUCGCCGUUCGUCGGCGGGAUCUUGGGGACCGCGGUCGCGGGGAAGGUGUCGGACUGGAUCGUACUGCGGUUCACGAAGCGGAACGACGGAGUGUAUGAGCCGGAGUUCCGGUUGGUGAUGGCGGCGCCGGUGGCGGUGUUUACGACGAUCGGGUUGAUGGGGUUCGGGUGGAGCGCGGAGGAGCGGAACAAUUGGAUCGUGCCCACGAUUUUCUUCGGCGCAAUCAGCUUCGGGUGUAAUCUUGGGAGCACGACGGCGAUCACGUUCGCGGUGGAUAGUUAUCGGCAAUAUGCGGGGGAAGCGCUGGUGACGUUGAACUUUAGCAAGAACAUCUUCCACGGCCUCAUCUUCUCCCUCUUCUUCACCAGCUGGCUUGAAUCCGACGGGGCGAAGAUCGUCUUCAUUGCUUGCGGCGUCAUCCAGCUGGGUUGCUGCCUCGCGACCAUCCCUAUGUUCAUCUACGGGAAGCGGAUGCGCAUGUGGACGGUGAGGAAGAAUCUGAUGGAGAAGUUCUGA